UAUAUUUCAUUCAAAAUGGGUAAAGGAUUUAAUAAUUAUAAACAAAAGUUCUUUCAUCCAGCAUCUCGAGAUAAUUUAAAAAGGGUAUGGAUGGCAGAACAGAAGUCAGAAGCAUAAAAGAAGCAAGAAGAAUUACGAAUGCAAUAUGAAAAAGAGCAGGAUUUAUAUGAUAACAAGGCUAUGCUAAGUAAAGAUAGUAAAGAUAAGUUAUCCGUUAACUUUAUGUAUGAGCCUCCACCAGGAACUAGAAAAGAGACAACAAAUGACCCAAUUGGAACUGAAGAAGUACGUUUUGAAUGGCAACGAAAAUAUCAGGCGCCUCGUGAAAGUUAUUGCAAAGGUGAUGUGCAAGUUAGAGAUCAGCCUUUUGGCAUUCAAGUUCGAAAUGUUCGAUGUAUUAAGUGCCACAAAUGGGGACAUAUCAACACAGAUAAGGAAUGUUCAAUGUAUGCUCUCAGCAUGUCAGAAGCAAGGGAAAUACAUUCCAAGAAUUUGAUUAAUGAAUCUACAUCUGUUAGAGAUAAUUUGUCAUUAGAGCAGCAAAUGCUUUCUGAUGGUCUGGCAUUGAAAAAAAUUGCAACAAAAACAUCACAUCAUGACCUUAUUGAAGAAACCCCUUCAGUAUCUCAUGAAUCUAAUGACCACACAGAAAAAGAAUUUAUAAAAGGAUUAACAACUAAGCAAAAGAAGGACUUGUUGAAGCGAUUAGAAAAGUUAGAGAAACGCAGUUUGAAAAAGUCAAAAAAGUCAAAAAGUAAACGAAAAAUAUCUGAAAGUAGUUCAUCAGAUUCUUCAAGUUCCGAUGAAGACAAAAAGCAUAAACAUAAAAAGCACAGAAAGCGGGAUGAUGACAGAAAACACAAACAUAAGUCAAAAAAGAGUCACAAAUAAUGUGUUGUAAGUGAUUUGAAAAAGAUUAAACUUUUAAUUAUUUUCAUUAAGAUUAAAUAAAA